AUGUCAACUUUAAAUGUUUUGAGAUACUCAGCUCUGGGAUUGGGUCUUUGGUGUGGAUUUAGAAAUGAUUUGUCUUUAAAGAAUGUUGCUGCUGAACGUGAACAACAAAAGAAAUAUGAUGAAGAAGUUAAGUUAAUCAAUGAAGCCAAGCAAGAAUAUGCCAAAUUGCGUCCAAUCGAGAAGAAACCAGAGACAGUUUCUCUCGAGAAUGUUCAAUUAGAUGAUCCAAAAUUAGAUUUUGCAGAACUGAUAUUGAAUGCGGUCGAUUCUAUGAAAGACACUACGUCGUAA